AUGUCGGGCGAGUGGCUGCGGCGCUGGCGGCGGGGCGGCCCCGCGGAGCGCCCCGGCGGAGCCCCGGCACCGGGCCCGGGCCCGCCGCCCCCCGCCCUGCACUACCGCCGGCCCAAGUUCGUGCCCGGCGGCGGCGAGGAGGCCCCGCGGGGCGGGCGGGCCGUGCGCGGCGCCGCGCCCGAGCGGCCGCUGCCCUGGGGCGCGGGAUACGCCGAGGUUAUCAAUGCCGAGAAGUCGGAGUUCAAUGAGGACCAGGCAGCCUGCUGUCAGAUCUCUGUCCGGAGGAGAGAGCCAGGCCUGGAGGAGGAUGAGGAAUGGCUGAUCCUGUGCUCCACACAGUUCCUGACUGGUCACUACUGGGCGCUGUUUGAUGGCCAUGGUGGCCCAGAUGCUGCCAUCAUUGCCUCCAACUAUCUGCACUACUGCAUCAAGCAGAAGCUGGAGGAGGUUGUGGGAGGCAUCACCGAGGCCCAGCCCCCCAUGCACCUCAGCGGGCGCUGUGUUUGUGACAGUGACCCCCAGUUCGUGGAGGAGAAGCACAUCCAUGCAGCAGACCUGGUGGUGGGAGCCCUGGAGAAUGCCUUCCAGGAAUGUGAUGAAGUCAUUGGCCAGGAGAUGGAAGCUACAAACCAGACAGGAGGUUGCACUGCUCUGGCUGCACUUUAUUUCCAGGGAAAGCUGUAUGUGGCCAAUGCUGGGGACAGCAGGGCAAUUCUUGUCCUGAAGGACAGCAUUGUGCCCAUGAGCAGCGAGUUCACCCCCGAGUCAGAGAGGCAGCGAAUCCAGCACUUGGCUUUCCUUUUCCCCAAGCUCCUGGAUGGUGAAUUCACCCGCUUUGAGUUUCCACGGAGGCUGAAGGGAGAUGAUGUGGGCCACAAAGUCCUGUACCGGGAUUACUUCAUGGAGGGCUGGGGAUACAAGACGGUGGAGAAGGCUGACCUCAAGUAUCCUCUUGUCCAUGGUCAUGGGAAGCAGGCUCGCCUGCUGGGCACUCUGGCUGUCUCUCGAGGCCUGGGGGAUCAUCAGCUCAAGGUCAUUGACACCAACAUUGAAGUCAAACCCUUCCUCUCCUGCAUUCCUAAGGUGAAUGUAUUUGACUUUGCUCUGCAUGACAUUAAGGAAGACGAUGUCCUCAUCAUGGCAACUGACGGCCUUUGGGAUGUUCUGUGCAACGAUGAGGUGGCCCAUGUGGCCAGGAGCUUCCUUGCAGAAAACAGGACAGAUCCUCAAAGGUUUUCAGAACUGGCCAAGUGCUUGGUAUGCAGGGCAAGGGGAAAGAAGAGAGGCCACCAGUGGAUGCUGGAUGACAGCCACGAGGCAUCCUAUGAUGACAUCUCUGUAUUUGUCAUCCCACUACACAACAGGGAAGAGGACUGACUGUCAGGAUGACACACAGCAUCUCUGUGUUCCCUUACUCUGGUGCCAUUCUGCAUCAGCCUGAGAAUGAGGGACUUCUGCUGCUCUUCCAGCAAAACCAUUUGCAUUGGGACCUGAAAUGCACAGCCAGCACUUGGACAGGAUGAACAAGAUUAGCUCCUUAACAACAUGCAAGAGAAGCACAGUGGGCAACAAAUCACUCCCCUUUCUCAUUGCUGGACCAAGGAGAACCUGCAAAGGGGGCCAUGCACACCAAAGGACACUUUUCCUAAGAUCUUUGCGGUACAGUGACACUCAAAUCCAUAUUUCUACUGAUCUCUCUCCCUUUUUUUAAUAUUGAACAAUAAGGAUCAAUUGAGAUCCAGCCAGUCUGAAGAGCUGGCUUUUAAUCAGACUUGAACUAAGCUGAACUGGAUGCAUAAGCUAAAGCAUCUCUCGUAUCCAUUUGCUGUAAUGUGAGAUGUGCUGAAAACCUGGGAGCUGCUGCCAAGACAGCAUUGGGCACAGCUGUGCCUGUGGCAUGGGAAUGCUGGAGCAGUAGCCCAGAGCUCUUGAGACAGUUGCCAUUUGUAGGCAGCACCUCAAACCCAGAGGAUGUAGCCAGGUGAAGCUUCACCCUGGUGUACAGAAGCUUCCUGUGCAAAGAUAUGUGCCUUACUCUUAUUGAAGGACACUGAAGCGUGUUAGAUUGCUAACAAACCUUAAUCCACACUUGCUGACACUUUCUCUAUUCAGGUCAUUUCUGAUAGCAAAGCAGGUUUUGUAGCAGCAGCACUGAUGAGAACCAAGGUGUUCAGUGCAUCAGCUGAUUCAGUAGAAGAGCUCCAAGUAAAAUAAAACCGGUUUGUUGCAAUUUAUCUGCAGUGCUGAAUUUCAAGCACUUACUCCAGCAGAAACACAGUGCAGCAGACAUGCCAGAGUUGUCUCAAACUCUGAGGAUCUGCUUCCCAACCUGUUUGUUAACCAGGCAAAUUCAGGUCUGGACAAGGUUCCCAUCUCCCCAAGUCCCCACUUUGGUUUUCAUUAUUCAGUACACAGGUUCCAGGAUUCCCAGAGAAGCAGCCAAACCCCAGUGUGUGUUUAAGUUCUGCAAGGAUGAAAGUCCAAAUAAAAGUACUUUGUUUUUUUCCCCA